AUGGAACCGACUGAGAAGCGCAAAUUCGACGGGGAGGAUGGCGAUGCCUCCAAUGCUCCCAAAAAGAGGGUAAUGGGGCCUUCGAUGCCCCGGUCGGCGUCGGCGCAACCCGAGCACGAGACCGCCUCUAACGGAUCUGAUGGAUCAGACAGCGAAAGCGACGACGAUUUUGGACCCAGUCUACCUCCUCCCGCCGGCGUGUCGGCAGCGCCUGUGGAAGCCGCUCAGCCAGCUUCGCCCGCCCUCAAGAAGAAGGAGAACAAGCGCGACGAAUGGAUGAUGGCACCGCCUGAUGGAAGCGACUGGGCAAGCAAAAUCGAUCCUACACAGAUUCGGAGUCGGAAAUUCAAUACUGGCCGCUCUGCCCGCUCGGGUGGCUCGAAAGAACUUGAUUCAUCAUGGGUGGAAACACCAGAGGAGAGGAUGCGACGUUUGGGAGAUGCCGUGAUGGGAGUUGGUGCGCCAUCUAGUGACAAGCAGCCCAAAGCCUCCAGCGCAGCCCGUGAUCAGUCUAUGGAAGAGAGGAUCAGAAAAUACAAUCAACAGAGUGGCAAGAAAAGUCGCCUUGAAAGUUCCGAAGCUCGCAAGGAGGAGGACGAUGACCCGAGUGCGCGUGCAUUUGAUCGUGAAAAGGACAUGGCAGUCGCAUCCAAGAUCUCGAAUGCGAAGCGGCGGGAAAUGGUGAAUAAAGCAAGCGACUACAGCUCACGCUUCACCAAGGGCAACUACCUCUAA